AUGGGAGUUCCUGCUUUCUGGGAGCUGAUAAAAACUGAUGGAAGCGUUCACAGGGUUCCUUUCAGGAAGUUCAUCGUAGAUUUCAAGGCCAGUAAUGGAAGAUCACCACGAUUAGCUAUUGAUGCUUUCGGCUGGCUUUUUGAGUGUGGGUAUUACGCCAGUACAACUGACAAAGAGUCUCCAGGAAAGGCCUACAGAGGAGAGGCAUUGGCGAUCAUAGCACUCUUCAAACGCUUAAAUACCCUCUUGUCGCUAGAUGUGACCUUUAUAUUGGUCUUCGAUGGGCCUUUAAAACCUGAGUUCAAGAAGAGAGCGAAACUGAAAAAAGCACUUGAUUUUGAGACUGACGAUGAGGAGUCCACAGAGCCUUUGGAAUCUGCACAACAAACUGUCCUAUCUUACCAAGAGUGCCUCUCGGUUGAUAAUAAUUCAAGCUUCUCAAAUGAUUUGAAUGCGGUUAAACAACUUCUGAGAGCUAUGAACAUAUCAUGGAUCGAUGCGAGUGGGGAAGGUGAAGCAGAAUGUGCUAGACUCCAAGAAUGUAAUUCGGUUGACUAUGUGGUCUCGAAUGACUCCGAUGUGUUUAUAUUCGGAGCCACCAAAGUGCUUCGCAAUCUGUCCAAGUUUUGGGAGGAUUUACCGGCUUCUUACGCCGGUAGCUUGAAGAAAAAGGAUCACAAGGAGACUUUCAUAACUAUUCUUGACAUGUCUGAAUUCCAGAAUUGGAAUCGAGAUCAAAUAAUCCUGUUUUAUGCAUUCUUGGGCGCUGAUUAUAGUCAGGGAGUAAGAGGGCUCGGUCCCAAAAAGUCUGCUACGUUAGCGCUACUCCAGAAUCCUAACUUUGCGUCACAGUUUACAAACAUAUUUGCGGAUCCGACCUUGAACGUCAGCAGCAGACGUCAGCAAUAUUUGGCCUUUCAAGACCAUGUUUUCAAAUACAGCCAGGCUAACAGUACCGAGUUGUUUGGGAGAAACUACUUCAAAUCGUCUGCCAUAAAGAAAUUCCAAGGCUGGCCUUCGGAAGACGCUCUCAUGCAUUAUUUUCACCCAAUUAUGUCACCAGUUAUCGACGCUUCGAAGCUUACGGGAGAGUUUAUCAACAUAAGUGGUAACCUGAGUGUCAAUGAGCGCAAUUUCCAAGAUAUGUUCGUGCUUCUGAAUGGGCUCAAUAUGAAGAGCAUCCCAAAUACGAGGAACUGGUUUCACGAGACUACCCAUAAAGCUCUUACCUUAAAGAUGCUUUUGCAGGGCGCACAGUCGCACGAGCUUGUGCAAACAAUGAAAAUAACAGAUGAGUGGGUUGCAGAAUGCUGUCAAGGGCAGUUUCGACUCGAAUGCUGGCGCGUGCGGUACAACACCUUUCUGCCAGGCGUCGAGGAGCCCCUGCCAGAGGACCAAGACGAUAUGGAAAGCACGAAAGGAUUAGCAACUGCCAGCCGAAGGGGCAGUCCUACAAAAAAACAAUUGGACCGCGCAGCAUACAAGUACAUGACUUCCGUGCCCAAAAGCCUUGUUCCGGCAAGUCACCCAUUAGUACUGGAAUUCUACUCCGAGAACAGUAAAGAGCGGGAUAAAAGCUCUCCACGAAAACGCACUCAAAGAAGGCAUACCGCUCAAAAGAACAAUCUUGACGAUUUUCUAAAAAAUCACACAUCCCCCAGGAAAUUGCAGCAGGAGCCUUCGAAAUCCAUGGAAAUGCCACCAACAAAACGUAAGUUAUUUGUUGACGACGAAUUGGAUUUCACUGAUUCCGACAAUGCUGAGUGGGUCGACACCAGCUCGUUGAUUUUGAUGUCAGAGCAUGCGUGCGAGGAGGCCGGUCCGCUCGCCUCACCAAAGCGAAAUUUGCUGCUCGAUUACGAUCAUUGCGACAGAUCUUCAAACGACAAAGAAAUUAAAGAGUCGCCGUUGAAGAAACAGAAUACUUCUGGGUCCACAAAACACUUGACAAAGAACCCAAUGAUUUCGAAACAGCACAUCGAUCUCACCAUUGAUAGUGACGCUUGA